AUGUGUGAUUAAACACCAAUUGAAUAUCGUUCUGAAUUUGAAUCAUCUCCUAUGAAUUUCUCUUAGGCUAACUUGAUUCUAUUUUAGCCUAAUAGCCCUCUAUAAUUAAGGAUAAAUUACAGCUCUAAUUAUUUGCUUAUACAAGAUUGUAGCUCUGCAUAAUAAAAUUAAAAUUAAGAAGAUCUCUUCCCUUUCGAAUAAUAGCCUAUCUAAAAAAUGUUUGAGCUUCAAAUAUCAAAUGAGCAAUCGCCAGAAAUCUAAUAAAUAGUGAUUAAAUAGUCUCAAGCAAAAUAAAAAGGGUUUAAAUUUUUCAUGUUAAUACCCAAUAAAUGA